AUGGUGCUGUGUCUACUGGCGGGCCAGCCUUUCUUCUUGAAUGGGGGCCAGCCAAUGAGCUUCUGCCUGAGCAGGCGUCACUUCCUUUUCACUGGCUGCUGCAGUCAAUCAGCUUAUUCAGCACAGAGAGAGUAUAUGUGCUGUGUGCGCGCUGGCCUUUCCACACUGCUAAAAGCCUACCACCACCUCCCUCUCUGCCUCCCCCUUAACCCCAACAAACAUCCCAUCCAGCUGACCCUCCCAUCCCCCAUUCCCACACAAGCCGCCACUCACACACCCAUGCCACAUUAGGCCCAGCUCUGUUAGUGAGUGAGUCAGUGGAGAAAGUUACACCAGUCUCUGUGUUGGUGUGUUUGCCAGGCACUCGACUGCAGCAACAGCAGCACAAUCCUCUGGCCCAGCGAGCCCUGCUGCGUCUGAUCCCAGGCCUCUUCUCAAGGUAAUGAUGUGCAUUAAUGGUUGUUUACUGCUGGCACUGUCACUGAGAACCUAAUAUUUUCAGCCUGAGGUGAGGUUGUUGUUGUUGUUGUUGUUGGAUUAUCUGAUUAUGAAACUAGUAAUCCAGAGACCUGUUUUGUUAUGGUGGUGUGUCUGUUUAUAUAAUGCGUUUGGAUAUGUCUGUAUUUCUAUCCACCUUAUUCGUUAACAAAUGAUGACUCAUUAUGUAGAUCCAGUGGUGAAUCACAGCUAAGUCAAAAUGUUUUAAGUAUUUUUUGCUGCUGAAUCACAACCACUGACUGUCCCUCCACACAUUUUUUUUUGUCAGUAUUCCCAUGACAUGAAUGAGUCAGACAGUGCCUGCAUUUUAAACAGUUAUAGUGCCUUCAGAAAGUAUUCACACCCUUUGACUUUAUCCACAUUUUGUUGUUACAGCCUGAAUUUAAAAUUGAUUAAAUUGAGAUUUUUUUUGUCACUGGUUUACACACAAUACCCCAUAAUGUCAAAGUGGAAUUAUGUUUUUUAUAUAUAUAUUUACAAAUUAAUACAAAAUGAAAAGCUGAAACAUCUUGAGUCAAUAAAUAUGAAAGCCCUUUGUUAUGGCAAGCCUAAAUAAUAAUACACAUUUGUUUAAGUUUAAGUGGACUCACUCUGUGUGCAAUAAUAGUGUUUAACAUGAUUUUUGAAUGACUACCUCAUCUCUGUACCCCAGACAUACAAUUAUCUGUAAGGUCCCUCAGUCGAGCAGUGAAUUUCAAACACAGAUUCAACCACGGACCAGGGAGGUUUUCCAAUGCCUCGCAAAGAAGGGCACCUACUGGUAGAUUGGUUAAAACAUUUUUUUUAAACAUGGUCAAGUUAUUAAUGACACUUUGGAUGGUGUAUUAAUACACCCAGUCACUACAAAGAUGCAGGCGUCCUUCCUAACUCAGUUGCCGGAGAGGAAGAAAACCCCUUGGGGAUUUCACCAUGAGGCCAAUGGUGAAUUUAAAAGGGUUACAGAGUUCAAUGGUAGUGAUCGUAGAAAACUGAGGAUGGAUCAACAACAUUGUAGUUACUCCACAAUACUAACCUAGUUACUCCACAAUACUAAUCUAAAUGACAGAGUGAAAAGAAGGAAGCCUGUACAGAAUACAAAAUUAUCCAAAACAUGCAUCCUGUUUGCAACAAGGCACUAAAGUAAUACUGCAAAAAAUAUGGCAAAGCAAUUAACAUUUUGUCCUGAAUACAAAGUGUUAUUUUUGGGGCAAAUCCAAUACAACACAUUACUGAGUACCACUUUUCAUAUUUUCAAGCAUAGUGGUGGCUGGGUCAUGUUAUGGGUAUGCUUGUAAUAAAGGACAUUUCAUCUCCAUUACCAACAUAUUAUGUGAAAAUGGCGCGUUUAUGUUUUGUAGUAAAAAAGAACGUAAGAAAACAGUUUACAAUGACAUCAACCAAUUAAUUGGCAAUGCCUCCUCAUAAUUGGUUAAAAUCACACGAUGCACACCGAUGUCAUUGGAAACACUUAUCUUCCCCUCUUUUUUUUUUUUACUACAAAACUUUGAAAUGUGAAAUUUUCACAUGUUUAUGUUGGGGUGGUGCUGGAGAUAAUAAAGGGACAUUUCACAAUUUUUCAACUUCAUCAAGGACUGGGGAGAUUUUCAGGAUAAAAAAUAAACGGAAUGGAGCUAAGCACAGGCAAAUUCCUAGAGGAAAACCUUGUUUAGUUUGCUUUCCACCAGACAUUGGGAGAUUAAUUCACCUUUCAGCAGGACAAUAACCUAAAACACAAGGCCUACACUGGAGUUGCUUACCAAUAAGACAGUGAAUGAUCCUGAGUGGCCGAGUUACAGUUUUGACUUAAAUCUACUUGAAAAUCUAUGGCAAGACCUGAAAAGGGUUGUCUAGCAAUGAUCAACAACCAAUUUGACAGAGCUUGAAGAAUCCUGAAAAUAAUAAUGGGCAAAUGUUGCACAAUCCAGGGGUGGAAAGCUCUUAGAGACCUACCCAGAAAGACUCACAGCUGUAAUCGCUGCCAAAGGGGAUUCUACAAAGUAUUGACUCAGAGUUGAAUACUUAAAGUAGGUAUUUAAUAUUUUAUAAAUGUGCAAACAUUUCUAAAAACAUGUUUUCACUAUCUCAUUAUGUGGUAUUGUGUGUCAUUUUGAAUUCAGGCGUUAACACAACAUAAUGUGGAAUAAGUCGAGGGGUAGGAAUACUUUCUCAAGGCACUGUAAACCUUAUUACAUUGAUUGAAAUCUGCUAAAAAUUGAAAUUGCUUUAGCAGCAACAGCUUUGUGAAAGCAGGACCAUGUUGUGCGAACACAUGGUGUUCCAGCUCAGAGGACAGGAAACAAUGCAGAAUAUAAGCCAUUCAGCCCCACUAUAAUAGCCCUACCGCUGGCUGCUACUACUGGGUGGGAUAUAGACCUCAGGCCCCACAUGGAGCUAAGCCCCUAUUUCUCUGACCGACAGCCCCAGCAUGGAAAGCCCAGUGAGGGCUGAGCCAGCUACCCCAUCCCUGGCUCCCCCAGCUCCCCGAAACCAUACUCCUUCUCUAAGUCCCAGAGCUGAGGCCAAAGAGGAGAGGUUGGAGGAGAGCGAGGGAACAGCGGAUGAGGGCGAGGCAGUGGACACAGAGGAGGACCCUAUAUAUUUCUCGCUGUUAUCAAAGAUGUCAGUCUUUGUGGAGGAGCCAGCAGAGGAUGCAUCAGAGAAGGCUGCGGCUGAGGAGGCUGCAGCCAAGGAGAGGGCUGAGAGAGAGGCUCAGAGGCAGCUCCUGGCCACAGAGGAGCUGGUCUACACAGAGAGGAACUACCUGAGACUCCUCCAGGUCUGCACCUGCACCAUCAGGAGCAACCUGCAGAAACUACAGGUACCUCAACUGCACCGCUGCAUAGUUUCCUGACCAUGUGACCUGACCAGGGAAAACUCUGGGGUCUAAAGUCAAUAGACGGCUCUCUAAGGAAUGGUUAUCUUGAAGCACCAUGCUUUAUUUCCUUUCCCGUCUCUGAAGGUAUUUAAAUUACCAUAUCAUCGAAUGUAUUUGAUUACAAGGCUGUGCUUAAAAUGGGUCUCAUAAAAACAGGAUGAAAUCACAUUUUAUGGGGUGGAAGGCAAGCCUGUCUAUGCAUCAGCCAGUGGUAAUGAUGAGGAGGGCUAAUGUGAUUGUAUGUCGGCAGUAGGAUGGAAAGAGGGAGGAGGAUGCAGAGGGUGAGAGACGAGGUGGAUGGAGAUGGAGAGAGAAGGGAUAGAAAGAUGGAGAGGGUAGUGUUGUGGUGGGUGAAUGAUGCCCUUUGUGAAGAAGUAAAGUUGGUAUGGUGUACCUUCUCCCCCACCACAGCCUCAGCUGCCUAACCUGGACAGCAUGUUCCUGUACAUCGAGGAGGUGAUUGACGUGUCGGGACGCCUCCUCAGCCUCCUGGACCAGAAGCAGGUCACGCCCCAUGAUCCUCUCUUCCUGGAGACCCUGUGUAAGUAGCAACAGUACAGAAAUAAUAAUGAUAAAUGCCAUUUAGCAGGUUAUUUUAUCCAAAUCCACUUAGUCAUGCAUGCACACAUUUACUAAUGGGUGGUCCUGGGAAUCAAACCCACAUUCCUGGCAUUGCAAGCGCCAUGCUCUAUCAACUGAGCCAUAGAGGAGCAGUAUUGCAGGAGUAGCAGGACUGUUACCUUGGCGGGCUACCUUCACACCUCACACAUACACUAUCACACCUAGUAAUUCUUACUCACAGGUACUUACUAACAUAUUCACACCUGCACCACCAUACCUACUAAUUCUAUGGGGCUAUUCAUGAAUAGGCUCAUGUCAACCCCCUCUGUUUCACAGGACUAUUGAUACCAGCUGCUUCUCAUUAUGUGUUCUACAUACCUGCGUGUAUUAAAAGCCUAUUAGCACAUUUCCCACCAUGGUGUUACAAACCAAACACUUCAUACAGUACACCUUGCAGUCAAGCUGCUUGGAGAGGUCAGCUAAAUAAUGGGAAAAAUAAACUCAGUCUCUGUUGCGACCUUGUUUGCCCCGCUAUAUUUAUAUGUAGAGCAAACAAGUGCCGGUGUGUCAGAGUUCCUUUUUUCCAUUAUUUAGUUGACCUCUCUCAGCAGCUGGACGGCAAGGUGUUCAAACAUGAAUCUUUUCUGCAGAGAUCUAACCUGCAAGAAUGGCCAGAGAGACAAAUAUACAUUGAGUGUAGAAAACAUUAGGAACACCUGCUCUUUCCAUGACAUACUGACCAGGUGAAUCCAGGUGAAUGCUAUGAUCCCUUAUUGAUGUCACUUGUUAAAUCUCAGUAUUAUUGGGAAAGGGCUCGUAAUUAAGCAUUUCACAGUAAAAUCUACACCUGUCGUAUUCGGAGCAUGUGACAAAUUACCUUAGCAACGCUCCAUGGGGACAGAUAAAGGACAGCAUGGGAGGCAUAAAUGUACAUUUAUGUCCCAUCAUAAAUACUUGAUUCAUAUUCCCUUCAGGUGUUGCCUUCCUCAGUCUAUCAACAGACAUAGAGUCGGCGUACAAGGAGUACCUGGCCAACUACAGCAAUGUCACAGAGUUAGAGAACAGCUACAAGCAGAAAGAACCCCUGUGGACUGAGAUGGUGAAAGUCAUCAAGUCCUCAGCGUACGUUUAUCUCUCUCUGCAUUCCUGUUCCAACCAUACUUUCUACCAUACUUCAUUUCUGUCCCAAAUCUAUGGUCAUUUUCAUGCCAAACAUCCAACAGGGUACGGCUAUAAAGUACAAACUGAUCUGGGACCAGGCUAACUUUGACCCUAUUGUCACAUUGAAAUACAAUGUCCAUCCUUCAGUAUUGUCACAGCACGUGUGUUGAUACAGGCCAGAGGUGAAUGUACAUAGGUUUAUGUCUAAUUUUCUGCAUUCCUGUUCGUACCAUACAUUGUCUCUAUUGUCCCAUUGAAAUACAAUACUGAAAUUGCCCUUAAUAUCACACCCCAUUUUUCUUGUUUUACGGACGUCGAAAUACAGCUUUCUCACAUUACACGUCUAGAAAAAUACACAUUUAGACUAUGUUGUGUACAGGCCAGAGGUGAAUGCUACCUCUCUGAGCUUCUUUCUGGUGAUGCCAGUCCAAAGGAUCGCUCGCUACCCUCUUCUCCUCCAGACCAUCAUGAAACAUACAGACCCUGGGCACCCGGCCUACUCUCUCCUGGAGCAGACUGCCCACACCGCCAUAGCCCUCAACUGCAGGAUCAAUGAGUACAAACGCUUCCGAGAAGUUGGUGAGGACACGCUAGCUAUCACGUUCUAGUAAUCAUAUCCUAUGAUUGGUUUUACUAUUCAGACCAAGGAUAUUGGAUUGUACCUUAGGAAUUGAUAGAUUGUGGCCAUUGCCUUCACUUUUUUUUCUGAACACCCAUAUUAAAAUUUCUUGUCUUCUCAUCAAAGCCGACAAAUAUAAGAAGACGGAGACCCUGACGAUAAGAGAUAAGAUAAAUCGGCUGAACAGCCACAGCAUCGCAAAGAAGACGGCCAGACUGAGCCAGUUCAUCAAGCAUGAGACGGGGAUUGCACCAAGGGUAAGGCACUUUCCGUGCCUGUUCCUAUUGUUAAGUUCACUCAGCCAUAAAAUAAAGCUACACGCCCUUCUUCAGCACUUUAGGUUAAUAAUUAAACAUAGGGAAUGGAAAAAGCUGUGAGAUAACAUAUGAUAUCACCAGUGUUUACUUCUUAAAAGGUCUCGCUGUAUUCAAACCUUGAUUCACACCUCAUUUGUUAGAUAAAGUAUGUAGAGAGUAGUUGAAUACAAUGACACAUGCUAUGCUGGUGGCAUCUCACAUGGUUAUGAGUAUUCCCUUGCAGACAUUUUUAGACAUAUUCAUAAAGUCACAAACUGAAGCUCUGGGUCUCUUUUUAGCAAUGGAUGGUAGAACAUUAUUAUUUGAAUCUCUGUAAAGAUUUAUUGAAUUUGCUGUUAAUAACUUCCCUCGGUUCAAUUCCAGUUGGUUGAUGAGGAGUUUGAUGCCUUGGAGGGCUUUUUCUAUCUCCUUGAAAAUGGGAUCGCCGUGCUACAUGAAAAUGUGGAGACAUAUCUCAACCAUCUACAGGUGAGUUUUUGUAGACCCGAUCCCUUUGCUGUGGAGACCAGAGUAAGAUCACCAUGACAGCAUUGGAAUCACUUUGUUUACGCCUGGCUUUCAACUCAACAUACAAUUAGUGCCCAAUCCCUUUAGAUUCACUUCUAGCUUGGCAUCCUCUUCUCACUAAAUAAUGGGCACUGUUGGAUCAGUGAUCCUCCUCACCAGCUGUCGACUACAGCUCUGAUUUGAGUAUUUUACUUGGCUAAUGUUUCCGUAGUGAGCAUUUGAAAAUGUACAGAUAUUGUAAGAAAAUCUGUAAGUUUUCAGCCUCUUUCUCAUUGCCACACCUAUGUGAAUGCAGUCCUUCCCCACUGUCAAACAACCACUGCCUGUAAUAAACCAUGGAUUUCUGACGACUGCCUCACAGUUUUCUGUUUGAGUUUCCCCUGUGUCUAAAUAUAGUUUGUGGCAUCUUUUCUUCCAUCGUUCUAUUACAGAGAUUCCUUAGCUGUCGACCGGAGGAAUUUGAUCUUGACAUGGACGGUGAGAAGCCUGCUAUAUGCUACAAGGAAAUCACAACUGCAUUGAGACAAUGGAUACUUCCUACAUUUGUGAGUCAAUCCACAGUACCACUUUGUUAUGCAUGCUACAACAAUGGGCAUCAGAAAGGAAGUGGGGUGGGCGGACAGACCGUCUUUAUUGAAUUAUGCCAAUGGUCGUGUUUCACUUUCCCACAUGUCCUUCAGGCUUCAGAUUACACUGCCUGGACCUCACACCUCUAUCCAUCGCCCUCCCCCACUCUCUAUCCCCUAAUAUUCCCACUUUCUCUUCCCAUCCCCCCACUCCAUUUCCAGGAGAAGAGGGUGAGGACUUUGGUCCACAAGCCUCUCUGUGCCCUUCGAGAACUGCUGGUGGGGCCUCGUAACCUGAUCCGUAAGCGUCUGGACAAGCUGCUGGACUACGAGCUGAUCGAAGAGAAGCCAAGUCUGAGCUACGAUGAGCAGGCGGUGGCCAACACCUAUAAGACCAUCAACACGUUGCUCCUCAACGAGCUGCCCCAGUUCAAUGGCCUGGCCCUCACCCUGCUCUGGGGCAUGCUGGGGGCCUUCAGCUGCCUGCACAAGGACCUGGCUGCAGACAUGGAGCAGCUCUUCCAGGGCUUUGCCCAACAGGUAGGUAGCAGGUACACCACAGUCACUGUAGAGGGGUUUAGAAGGAGUAACAAGGUAGACUUUAGUAUAGGAACUAGGGUAUCUGUGGACGACCAAUGCUGACCAUUGCAAUUUACCAUUUCAGCCAGUGAAUCUGCUGUCAGUUGUUUGUAUCCUGAACAAAAAUAUAAACACAACAUGUAAACUGUUGGUCCUAUGUUUCAUGACAUGAAAUAAAAGAUCCCAGAAAUGUUCUACAUGCACAAAAAGUGUAUUUCCCUCUAAUUUUGUGCACAAAUUAGUUUACAUCCCUGUUAGUGAGCAUUUCUCCUUUGGCAUGAUAAUCCAUCCACCUGACAGGUGUGGCAUAUCAAGAAGCUGAUUAAACAGCAUGAUCAUUACACAGGUGCACCUUGUGCUGGGGACAAUAAAAGGCCACUCUAAAAUGUGCGGUUUUGUCACACAACACAAUGCCACAGAUGUCUCAAGUUUUGAGGGAGCGUGCAAUUGGCAUGCUGACUGCAGGAAUGUCCACCAGAACUGUUGCCAGAUAAUUUAAUGUUAAUUUCUCGUCCAUAAGCCACCUCCAACAUCGUUUUAGAGAAUUUGGCAGUACGUCCAACCGGCCUCACAACCGCAGACCACGUGUAACCAUGCCAGCCCAGGACCUCCACAUCCAGCUUCUUCACCUGCGGGAUCGUCUGAGACCAGCCACCCAGACAGCUGAUGAAACUGUGGGUUUGCACAACUUAAGAAUUUCUGCACAAACUGUCAGAAACCGUCUCAGGGAAGCUCAUCUGCGUGCUCGUUGGCCUCACCAGGGUCUUGACCUGACUACAGUUCGGUAUCGUAACUGACUUCAGUGGGCAAAUGCUCACCUUUGAUGGCCACUGGCACGCUUGAGAAGGGAGCUCUUCACGGAUGAAUCCCAGUUUCAACUGUACCAGGCAGAUGGCAGUAUGGCGUUGUGUGGGCGAGCAGUUUGCUGAUGUCAACGUUGUGAACAGAGUGCCCCAUGGUGGUGGUGGGGUUAUGCUAUGGGCAGGCAUAAGCUAUGGACAACGAACACAAUUGCAUUUUAUCGAUGGCAAUUUCAAUGCACAGAGAUACCGUGACGAGAUCCUGAGGCCCAUUGCCGUGCCAUUCAAACGCCACCAUCACCUCAUGUUUCAGCAUGAUAAUGCAAGGCCCCAUUUCUUAAGGAUCUGUAUAUAUUUCCUGGAAGCUGAAAAUGUUCCAGUUCUUCCAUGGCCUGCAAACUCACCAGACAUGUCACCCAUUGAGCACGUUUGGGAGGCUCUGGGUCGACGUGUAUGACAGCGUGUUCCAGUUCCCGCCAAUAUCCAGCAACUUCGCACAGCCAUUGAAGAGGAGUGGGACAACAUUCCACAGGCCACAAUCAACACCCUGAUCAACUCUAUGCGAAGGAGAUGUGUCGCUGUGCAUGAGGGAAAUGGUAAUCACACCAGAUACUGACUGGUUUUCUGAUCCACGCCCCUACUUUUUUUAAAGGUAUCUGUGACCAACAGAUGCAUAUCUGUAUUCCCAGUCAUGUGAAAUCCAUAGAUUAGGGCCUGAUGAUUUUAUUUAAAUUGACUGAUUUCCUUAUAUGAACUGUAACUCAGUAAAAUCUUUGAAAUUGUUGCAUGUUGUGUUUAUAUUUUUGUUCAGUGUAUAUUUUCCUUCACUCUGCGGUCUAACUCAUCCCAAACCAUCUCAAUUGGGUUGAGGUCGGGUGAUUGUGGAGGCCAGGUCCUCUGAUGCAGCUCUCCAUCACUCUCCUUCUUGGUCAAAUAGCCCUUACACAGCCUGGAGGUGUGUUUUGGGUCAUUGUGCUGUUGAAAAACAAAUGAUAGUCCCACUAAGCCCAAACCAGAUGGGAUGGCGUAUCACUGCAGAAUGCUGUGGUAGCCAUGAAGGUUAAGUGUGCCUUGAAUUCUAAAUAAAUCACAGACCGUGUCAACAGCAAAGCACCAUCACACCACCUCCUCCAUGCUUCACGGUGGGAAUCACACAUGCAGAGAUUAUCCGUUCACCUACUCUGCGUCUCACAAAGACACGGCGGUUGGAACCAAAAAUCUCAAAUUUGGACUCAUCAGACCAAAGGACAGAUUUCCACCGGUCUAAUGUCCAUUGCCCGUGAAGUCCCCUGUAACUCAGUUGGUAGAGCAUGGCGCUUGCAACGCCAGGGUUGUGGGUUCGUUUCCCACGGGGGGCCAGUAUGAAAAAUGUAUGCACUCACUAACUGUAAGUCGCUCUGGAUAAGAGCGUCUGCUAAAUGACUAAAAUGUAAAAAUGUAUAUUGUCAAGCAUGUUGUGUUGCAGUUUUCUUGUAUCACUUUCAGUGACAGAUUAGUGAGAACGAUACCUAAGGCCAGAGAUGCAGCUGAAGUUGAACUUGACUAUCUUUCUAAACUUGUUUUGUCUGACAUGUCUUUACAGCUCCCUCACAGUUCCCUGGAGCCUAAUGCAUUCUGGGAGUGGGCAGAGUGUUCGGUGCUGGAGGGUGCGAGUAGGCUGAAGAGUGUUUGUCGGAAUGUGGAGGACCAACUCAAUGCUCCCAUUGUCCAGGUCAGUCCCAACGGAAGCUGCACUAUAAUCUGUUGUUUGGUUGGUGGUGAUGUGACUUGUUGCCGGGGAACAUCGCCAGGGACAAUGCGUGUAUACAUCCACAGCCUCACAGGACUUGUUGUCAAAUAGUAGCAGGACGAUUCAUACUAGACCUAUUCACUGUAAAUGUUCUUAUUACCUGAAUCCAUCAUGUGUUUGGAAUAACCUGAAUUGGAUCAGGAUGGUUAUUUAUAUUAGCCUUAGACUUGUGGUGUUACCUGUUGAGUAAUCUCUCGUGGACAGACGAUGUAAACCUAAAUCGGGCGACUAACCAAAUUGCGCAAUAUUUUAGUUCUGGGUUAACCGAGAUUACCUGUUGAAGGUUCUGAGGAAGGUGUGCCGCCUGAGGGAACAGUACUGUAACUAAACACAAGUCAUUUGUCAAAACUAACACAAUAGAACAUGUCACGUUCACAACUGACAAAAUACAAACUAUAUUUGCUGUUCAACAUGUAUAAAUAGCAAACUGGAAAUUCCAUUACCUUUCCCACCCAGUCAGAACAGAAAGCGUUAUUCAUUUUGCUUAGUCAUAAUGCACUAAUAACUUAACUCCAGCUAACGCGUGGCUCAUAUCAUCACCACACCACUACGCAUUACUUUAAGUGAUCAGAAUGUGAAGAAGGCGAGAGAAGAGGAGAGAGAAAUGGUCUGGUCUGUCUCAGACCAGUCUAGACCUCUCACACAGCCCAUAUUAUAAUCAGUGUUUUAAGUCUUUCUGUCUGCAAUGUGAGCAGCCCUCAGAACAGAACAGAGGGUAGCUAUGACUGCGUCCCAAAUGACACCCUAUUCCCUCAAAUGACACCCUAUUCCCUAUAUAGUGCACUAGUUUUGACCGGAGCCCUAUGGGCCCUGGUCAAAAGUAGUGCACUACAUCGAAAAUAGGGUGCCAUUUGGGAUUGAUUCUAUAUGAUAGUAAUGAGACUCAGCCUGUCAGAUCUACAGGAAUACAUGACAGCAGUAGUGAGGAUGGGCAGCUCAUUUGUGGCUGGAGAUGACUCUCACUUACAGGAACCAUUUCUACAGCACUAGAAAGGAACAGGAUCACUUCAUUAGCUGCUCUUAGAUGACAUAGAAAAGCCAUAAACCUUACAAGUCACCCUGGGUGAAGGCUAAGCAGGUGAACAAACACCAGUGAUAAUGAGUGCUCACUCUAAUACAACACAUUAGGAACACCUGCUCUUUCCAUGACAUAGACCAGGGGUAGGCAACCCUGUUCCUGGAGUACUGCAGGAUUUUGUUCCAACUAGGCACAACACCUGACCAACUGAGCUAAUUGAUCAGUUCAAUGAUUGCCUAGAAAACAUCAAGUGCCUGUGGCACUCCAGGACCAGGUGAAAGAUAUCAUCCCUAAUUGAUGCCACUGGUUAAAUCCAUUUCAAUCAGUGUAGAUGAAGGGGAGGAGACAGGUUAAAUUAGUAUUUUUAAUGCUUGAGACAAUUGAGACAUGGAUUGUGUAUGUGUGGCAUUCAGAAGGUGAAUGGGCAAGAAAAAAUAUGUAAGUGCCUUUAAAAGGGGUAUGGUAGUAGGUGCCAGGCGCACCAGUUUGAGUGAGUAAAGAACUGCAACGCUGCUGGGUUUUUCACGCGCAACAGUUUCCGGUGUGUAUCAAGAAUGGUCCACCACCCAAAAGACAUCCAGCCAACAUGAAACAACUGUGAGAAGCAUUGGAGUCAACAUGGGCCAGCAUCCCUGUGGAACGCUUUCGACACCUUGUAGAGUCAUGCCCCGAUGAAUUGAGGCUGUUCUGAGGUCAAAAGGGGGUUGUAACUGAACAUUAGGAAGGUGUUCCUAAUCUUUUGUAUAAUGUGCAUCUAAAAAAUUGCCAAAGACUCCCUAGUCACCCUAGUCAUAGACUGUUCUCUCUGUUCCCCCACACAUUGACUCUGUACCGGUACCCCUGUAAAUAGCCUUGUUACUGUUAUUCUGUUGUUGCUCUUUAAUUAUUUGUUAUUUUUCUAUUUUCUAUAUUCUUUAUGUAAUUUUUUUAGUUUUUUUCUUCAGUUUAUUUAGUAAAUACUUUCUUAACACUUAUCUAUCUUAAAACUGCAUUGUUGGUUAAGGGCUUGUAAGUAAGCAUUUCACUGUUGUAUUCGGCGCAUGUGACAAAUAACAUUUGAUUUAUAGAUUGCAUUUGGAUUACUGUUACAGUGCUAUUUGGGUUGUUAAUUGGAUUCGUUAUGACAUUUCUUGAUUUCUCAAUUUUUUUGUGUGUGAUUAUUUGUGUACUUGUUUGACAUUUUACUGCACUGUUAGGAGCUAGUAACAUAAGUAUUUCACUGCACCCACUAUAACAUCUGCAAAACUGUGUACAUGACCAAUAAACUUUUUUUUGAUGUUGCUAAUGAAUAGUUUAACUAUGUUGCUUAGCUAUAUUCCUGAUCACUGCUUAUCUACAAAGUCAAGGGAAAGUAUUCAGACCCCUUGACUUUUUCCACAUUUUGUUACGUUACAGCCUUAUUCUAAAAUUUAUUCUACACACAAUACCCCAUAAUGACAAAGCAAAAACAGGUUUUUAGAAAAUGUAGCACAUUAAAUACAAAUAAAAAAAUUGCAUAAGUAUUCAGACCCUUUACUCAGUACAUUGUUGAAGCACCUUUGACAGCGAUUUCAGCCUUGAGUCUGUAUUUGGGGAGUUUCCCAUUCCUCUCUGCAGGUGUUCUCAAGCUCUGUCAGGUUGGAUGGGGAGCAUUGCUGCACAUCUAUUUUCAGGUCUCCAGAGAUGUUCGAUCGGGUUCAAGUUCGGGCUCUGGCUGGGCCACUCAAGGACAUUCAGAGACUUGUCCCGAAGCCACUCCUGCGUUGUCUUGGCUGUGUGCUUAGGGUCGUUGUCCUGUUGAAGGUGAACCGUCGCCCCAGUCUGAGGUCCUGAGCGCUCUGGAGAAGGUUUUCAUCAAGGAUCUCUCUGUUCUUUUCUCAGUUAAUCUUUGCCUCGAUCCUGACUAGUCUCCCAGUCCCUGCUGCUGAAAAACAUCCCCACAGCAUGAUGCUGCCACCACCGUGCUUCACCGUAGGGAUGGUGCCAGGAUUCCUUCAGAUGUGACGCUUGGCAUUCAGGCCAAAGGGUUCAAUCUUGGUUUCAUCAGACCAGAGAAUCUUGUUUCUCAUGGUCUAAGAUUAUUUAGGUGCCUUUUGGCAAACUCCAAGUGGGCUGUCGUGCCUUUUACUGAGGAGUGGCUUCCGUCUGGCCACUCUACCAUAAAGGCCUGAUUGGUGGAGUGCUGCACAGAUGGUUGUCCUUCUGGAAGGUUCUCCCAUCUCCACAGAGGAACUCUAGAGCUCUGUCAGAGUGACCAUCAGGUUCUUUGUCACCUCCCUUAUCAAGGCCCUUCUCCCCCGAUUUCUCAGUUUGGCAGGGCGGCCAGCUCUAGGAAGAGUCUUGGUGGUUCCAAACUUCUUCCAUUUAAGAAUGGAGGCCACUGUGUUCUUGGGGACCUUCAAUGCUGCAGACAUUUUUUGGUACCCUUCCCCAGAUCUGUGCCACGACACAAUCCUGUCUCGGAGCUCUACGGACAAUUCCUUCGACCUCAUGGCUUGGUUUUUGCUCUGACAUGCACUGUCAACUGUGGGACCUUAUAUAGACAGUUGUGUGCCUUUUCAAAUCAUGUCCAAUCAAUUGAAUUUACCACAGGUGGACUCCAAGUUAUAGAAACAUCUCAAGGAUGAUCAAUGGAAACAGGAUACACCUGUGCUCAAUUUCAUGUCUCAUAGCAAAGGGUCUGAAUACUUAUAUAAAUAAGAUAAUUCUGUUUAUUUUUUAUAAAUUUGCAAACAUUUCAGAAUCUGUUUUUGCUUUGUUCUUAUGGGGUAUUGUGUGUAGAUUGAUGAGGGGGGGGGGGGGAACAAUUUCAUCAAUUUUAGAAUAAGGCUGUAACGUAACAAAAUGUGGAAAAAGUCAAGGGGUCUGAAUACUUUCCGAAUGCACUGUAUGUUCCUGAACUUGGAGUAUCGGUUCAUUAGGGCACACCGUAGCAUAAACUUUUUGCAACUGAAAGCGAACAUUUAGUGUUUAUUAUUGGACAAAUCCAGGUAGUCUCCCUGUUUCAGUCAGUUUCCUUCCAUUUUGUGCGUAAAUGAACACGACCCUGUUAUGUUCACUUGGGUCCUCCCAGCCUCUCAGCCCUCGGUCUCAGAAGCGUCUGAAGGUCCUGACAGAUAAGCAUGGCUCAGGCAAGAUCUACCAGCUGACGGGUCAUGUGGUGGGGACCAGAGACCUGGACCUGAGCCUGAACAGAGGAGAGCUGGUGGCCAUCAUCAGUGAGAUGGACACACGGGGGGACAGACGACGCUGGCUGGUCGACGCUGGGGGUAAGACCUCCAAGAUAUCUCACCUUUUCACUUGAGGGGAUGAUCUUUAAAAUGACACACUGCUUCACUUUCUUUUUAUAUACACUACCAGUCAAAAGUUUGGACACACCUACUCAUUCAAGGGUUUUUCUUUAUUUUUACAAUUUUUUACAUUGUAGAAUAAUAGUGAAGACAUCAAAACUAUGAAAUAACACAUAUGGAAUCAAGUAGUAACCAAAAAAGUGUUAAACAAAUCAAAAUAUAUUUUAUAUUUGAGAUUCUUCAAAUAGCCACCCUUUGCCUUGACAGCUUUGCACACUCUUGGUAUUCUCUCAACCAGCUUCAUGAGGUAGUCACCUGGAAUGCAUUUCAAUGAACAGGUUUGCCUUCUUAAAAGUUAAUUUGUGGAAUUUCUUUCCUUAAUGCGUUUGAGCCAAUUAGUUGUGUUGUGACAAGGUAGGGGGUGGGGGUAUACAGAAGAUAGCCCUAUUUGGUAAAAGACCAAGUCCAUAUAAUGGCAAGAACAGCUCAAAUAAGCAAAGAGAAAUUACAGUCCAUCAUUACUUUAAGACAUGAAGGUCAGUCAAUACGGAACAUUUCAAGAACUUUUGAAAGUUUUUUCAAGUGCAGUCACAAAAACCAUCAAGCGCUAUGAUGAAACGGGUUCUCAUAAGGACCGCCACAGGAAUGGAAGACCCAGAUUUACCUCUGCUGCAGAGGAUAAGUUCAUUAGAGUUACCAGCCUCAGAAAUUGCAGCCCAAAUAAAUGCUUCACAGAGUUCAAGUCACAGACACAUCUCAACAUCAACUGUUCAGAGGGGACUGUGUGAAUCAGGCCUUCAUGGUCGAAUUGCUGCAAAGAAACCACUACUAAAGGACACCAAUAAGAAGAAGAGACCUGCUUGGGCCAAGAAACACGAGCAAUGGACAUUAGGAAUUCAAGGAACACUUUGAUCUGGAGUCCGAAUUUGAGAUUUUUGGUUCCAACCGCCGUGUCUUUGUGAGACGCGGUGUGGGUGAACGGAUGAUCUCCACAUGUGUAGUUCCCACCGUAAAGCAUGGAGGAGGAGGUGUUAUGGUGUGGGGGUGCUUUUGCUGGUGACACUGUCUGUGAUUUAUUUAGAAUUCAAGGAACACUUAACCAGCAUGGCUACCACAGCAUUCUGCAGUGAUACGCCAUCCCAUCUGGUUUCGGCUUAGUGGGACUAUCAAUUGUUUUUCAACAGGACAAUGACCCAACACACCUCCAGGCUGUGUAAUGGCCAUUUUACCAAGAAGGAGAGUGAUGGAGUGCUGCAUCAGAUGACCUGGCCUCCACAAUCCCCCGACCUCAACCCAAUUGAGAUGGUUUGGGAUGAGUCGGACGGCAGACUGAAGGAAAAGCAGCCAACAAGUGCUCAGCAUAUAUGGGAACUCCUUCAAGACUGUUGGAAAAGUAUUCCAGGUGAAGCUGGUUGAGAGAAUGCCAAGAGUGUGCAAAGCUGUCAUCAAGGCAAAGGGUGGCUAAUUGAAGAAUCUGAAAUAUUAAAUAUAUUUUGAUUUGUUUAACACUUUUUUUGGUUACUACAUGACUCCAUAAUUUUAAUGUCCUCACUAUUAUUGUACAAUAUAGAAAAUAGUAAAAAUAAAGAAAAACCCUUGAAUGAGUAGGUGUGUCCAAACUUUUGACUGGUACUGUGUGUGUGUAUACAGGUAAAAGUCAGUAAAUUAGAAUAUUUUGAAAAACUUGAUUUAUUUCAGUAAUUGCAUUCAAAAGGUGUAACUUGUACAUUAUAUUUAUUCAUUGCACACAGACUGAUGCAUUCAAAUGUUUAUUUCAUUUAAUUUUGAUGAUUUGAAGUGGCAACAAAUGAAAAUCCAAAAUUCCGUGUGUCACAAAAUUAGAAUAUUGUGUAAGGGUUACAUUUUGAAGACACCUGGUGCCACAAAAUAAUCAGCUGAUUAACUCAAAACACCUGCAAAGGGCUUUAAAUGGUCUCUCAGUCCAGUUCUGAAGCCUACACAAACAUGGGGAAGACUUCAGAUUUGACAGCUGUCCAAAAGGCGACCAUCGACACAUUGCACAAGGAGGGAAAGACACAAAAGGUUAUUGCAGAAGAGGCUGGCUGUUCUCAGAGCUCUGUGUCCAAACACAUUAAUAGAGAGGCAAAGGGAAGGAAAAACUGUGGUCAGAAAAAGUGUACAAGCGAUAGGGAUCACCGCGCCCUAGUCAAGAUUGUGAAAAAAAACCCAUUCAAAAAUGUGGGGGAGAUUCACAAGGAGUGGACAGCUGCUGGAGUCAGGGCUUCAAGAUCCACCACCAAGAGACGCUUGAAAGACAUGGGUUUCAACUGCCGCAUACCUCGUGUCAAGCCACUGUUGACCAAGAAACAGUGCGAAAAGCGUCUCACCUGGGCUAAGGAAAAAAAGAGCUGGACUGCUGCUGAGUGGUCUAAAGUCAUGUUUUCUGACGAAAGCAAAUUUUGCAUUUCCUUUGGAAAUCGAGGUCCCAGAGUCUGGAGGAAGACAGGAGAGGCACAGGAUCCACGUUGCCUGAAGUCUAGUGUAAAGUUUCCACCAUCAGUGAUGGUUUGGGGUGCCAUGUCAUCUGCUGGUGUCGGUCCACUCUGUUUCCUGAGAUCAAGGGUCAACGCAGCCGUCUACCAGCAAGUUUUAGAGCACUUCAUGCUUCCUGCUGCUGACCUGCUCUAUGGAGAUGGAGAUUUCAGGUUCCAACAGGACUUGGCGCCUGCACACAGCGCAAAAUCUACCCGUGCCUGGUUUACGGACCAUGGUAUUUCUGUUCUAAAUUGGCCAGCCAACUCCCCUGACCUUAGCCCCAUAGAAAAUCUGUGGGGUAUUGUGAAAAGGAAGAUGCAGAAUGCCAGACCCAACAACGCAGAAGAGUUGAAGGCCACUAUCAGAGCAACCUGGGCUCUCAUAACACCUGAGCAGUGCCAGAAACUCAUCGACUCCAUGCCACGCCGCAUUAAUGCAGUAAUUGAGGCAAAAGGAGCUCCAACCAAGUAUUGAGUAUUGUACAUGCUCAUAUUUUUCAUUUUCAUACUUUUCAGUUGGCCAACAUUUCUAAAAAAUCCCUUUUUUGUAUUAGCCUUAAGUAAUAUUCUAAUUUUGUGACACACGGAAUUUUGGAUUUUCAUUUGUUGCCACUUCAAAUCAUCAAAAUUAAAUGAAAUAAACAUUUGAAUGCAUCAGUCUGUGUGCAAUGAAUAAAUAUAAUGUACAAGUUACACCUUUUGAAUGCAAUUACUGAAAUAAAUCAAGUUUUUCAAAAUAUUCUAAUUUACUGACUUUUACCUGUAUAUAUAUUUAGUUGUUGUUGUAUUUUAUCCCCUUUUUCAUGAUAUCCAAUUGCGAUCCAAUUACAGUUUUGUCUUGUCACUGCAACUCCCCAACGGGCUCGGGAGAGGCUAAGGUCGAGUCAUGUGUCCUCCGAAUCAUGACCCGCCAAAUCGCGCUUCUUAACACCGCACGCUUAACCCGGAAGCCAGCUGCACCAAUGUGUCGGAGGAAACACCGUUCAACUAAUGACCUAAGUCAGCCUGCAGGCGCCCGGCCCACCACAAGGAGUCGCUAGAGCGCGAUGAGCCAAGUAUAGACCCCCCGGCCAAACCCUCCCCUAACCCGGACAACGCUGGGCCAAUUGUGCGCCUAUGGGACUCCCGGUUUUGGCCGGUUGUGACACAGCCUGGGAUUGAACCCGGGUCUGUAGUGACCGCUGCGCCACUCGGGAGGCCACUGCUUCACUUUCUAAAGGAAAGUCAGUCCUUUAGUAAGUCAAUGUAUUGUGUUUUCUGUCAAUGUAGCAGUGAAUACCAAACUAGAAUGCUGGUUCAGCCACCACCAGUUAGUGGAGACAUCUAAUGGUUGUUUACUGUUACUGCUGGCUGUGUACUCAUAGUAGGUGUUGAGUUCUAUCAAUCCAAAUAGAUUAGCUUAAUUAUUGGAUAAUAGGUGGUUUGUAAUGCAUCUUAUUACAGUAUAAAACUGAUGAACGCAUGUUUUAUGAUAAUCUAUUACACAAUCUGUGUCCAGGUCCAAGAGGAUACGUCCCCUCCCCCAAACUGGUGCGUUACCACCAGGUAACCAUGGACCCUCCCCUGUCUCCUCAUCUGACAGUCACUACCAUGGAUUGUGCUGGGGGGGUCAGACGACACUCCUACACCCCUGACGUCAGGCGACACUCCUACUCCCCUGAUACACCCCAGCCCGUGAGGACUGUGUCAAUGACUGUGCCCUGCUUCCAGGUAAGUGACACUCCCUGGUGAAGUUUGCCCUAGGUAUAGAUCUAGGAUCAGUGUCCCCUCCACAAUCCUAACCUUAAAGUGAUAGUCCACCCAAAUUACAAAAUUACUUAUUGGUUUCCUUACCCUGUAAGCAGUCUAUUGUCUAGAUGACAGCGAUCCAUGCUUUGGUUUAGUUUCCCUGGCACUGUUUCCACAUGCUAACAUUUUAGCAAUUGUGGCAGAAAUCCCAUUCAAGUCAUUGGACUGAUAUUAGCAUUUUUCACGCAUGUUCAAAACAUCCAAGUGAUUUUUGUUGAGCUUCACAAUCAAUUUAAGAUACUUUUGGAUAAUUUGGACAUGAUACGCGAAAAAUUCUAAUAUCUGUCCAAUGACUUGAAUGGGAUUUGUGCCACAAAUGCUAAAACGUUAGCAUGUGGAAACAGUGCCAAAGAAACAAAGCAUGGAUUGCUGUCAUACCAUGUCCAUAGACUUCUUACAGGGUAAGGAAACCAAUGUCAUUUAGUAAUUUGGGUGAACUAUCCCUUUAACCAUUAGUGGGGAAAAAAAAAUCAAAUUGACCCAAGAUUAGUGUCUAGGGGCAACUUCACCCGGGUGAGUGACACAAGAGGGCCAGAGCAGCAUGGGAUCUGAGUGGCAGGGUGUUAAAGCACAUCUGAUUACCUGCUCUGAUUUGUGUGUCAGGGAAAUGGAUGAUGGGUGUAUGCGAUGGUGGGGAACAGCAUCCCAUCAAUCAAACACUGUCAGAUGUGUUUGAGGGUUUUGGUGGAAAACCCCAAAUUGGCUGCUUACCCUUGUCAGCAGUGAUGAAAUGAAGAGUGCCCCCAAACCCUAUUCAGAGUGCUUUAUUAAUUUAUUUGUUUUAGCUCUAAAAACAUCAGUAUACAUUGUUGGAGGAGCCACACAUGCACAGUGUGGGCGGAGGUGUCGAGGCACAUAAAUGUUUCUGGGUUGAUUCUGUGUGUUGCGGCGGUGUUGAAAUACAGCUCUCCUGGUUGUAAAAGUGAGUGAUUCUCCUCAUGACCUUUGGGAGGCAUUUAUCAUACCCUUAUAGCCAGCCCUCUUCAUGUACCGCUGGAAGUAUGAUCACUAAUCAUAGGCAGGUGACAAUCCCCUAAGGCUUCAAUUCUUCAACAUGGGUGUUCCAUUUGAGUCUGUUCUUUCUGUCCAAAAUCCUUACCUUGGCUGAGUAUGUGCCUGUGUGAGCAGAGGAGACUGAUGGUGAUUAUUAGUCAACUACCAUCACAGGCCACACGGCGGAGCCCUAAUCUGCACUUACAUGCCCUGAUGAUGGCCAACUUUCUAGAGUCCUGUUGUCCAGAGAAGAGCUGUGUUUACUAAUGGCGUUGGCCAGACCACCAGGCUAAAAACAGCAAUUAGGCUGCUAGCACAUCAAUCUCUGUUAGACCACCAUGCUCGUUAAUAAAGCCGUGUUUGCUCUGUCUGUUCUUUGUCCACCGCGGUGUCGUUGCAGGUGUUCGCAGGCUAUGACUUCGCGGCGAGGAGCAGUCAUGAGGUCUCUCUGAGGGCGGGGGAACCAAUCAGAGUCCUGGAACCCCACGACAAGAGGGGUAGCCGUGACUGGAGCCUGGUGGAGGUGCGGGGACAGAGGGGGUAUGUGCCCUCCAACUACCUGGCAGUGGUGCCUACAUCUAUGUCGCCCACCACCCCCUACCACUAGGGUUGCCCCGGGCAACCAGCCAGUCCCAGCUAGACGCCACUCAACCAUCGCAGCUCACGCACCUCAUCUCAGCAGGAGAAGCACUCUCACUGAAGCCUACAUCUACAGGAGGGAGAGGGAGAGUGUGUGUGAUGGAUUGGAUGACAGGUGUGUGUGAAGUGGUGCACCAGGCAUUUGCAUGUAGAGAGCUCCAAGCCCUCGACUGCAGCUCUUAUUAGAAGCAUGUAAGUGGGAGGCCGCUUCCAUCACCAGGAACCAGGGGUGGAAUACAGCUUUUUUCUAGAGAGAAUGACUGACUGACAGGCAGGCAGGUAGCAAUGCCUCAGCACAGUGUGAGGAUGAAGGAGAGCAGGCAGUCUGUGGCAAGGGAAUUGGCUCUUGUGAAUAUUUUAC